AUGGUAUGCGAGGAACUGAAGAACAAUGAUGUACAUUACAAGCAAGCGCUUGUUUGGCAAAUUGGCAAAUUCAAAGGUGAGGUUCCACGGAUCUCACGGAUUCCGAUCAUUCCAACAUAUUUUCCAUUUCAAUUCAAGCGGAUUCAGUUGGCUUUUGCGGUGACAAUCAAUAAAUCGCAAGGCCAAUCUUUGGAAGUCUGUGGGAUAAAUUUAGAAUUUUCAUGUUUUUCGCACAGUCUGUACGUUGCCAGUUCACGUGUUGGCAAACCUUUUUCGUUGUUUAUAAAUUGUUUAUCAUAUUGCACUCAACUGAUUUCUGUUUCAAUUCAAAUAAAUCAAUAA